AACAAAUCAUUCAGUCCUCGUCGCCUCGUUGCUUGCGUAGGUUUCUAUGAAACGACCGCACACAGCCCAAGUGGCGAUGCAAGUGAGCACCGUCGUUCGGUGGUGAGUUGGGUAACAAUUCCUCCUCCUGCAUAACGAGAUCCUCCCAACAAGGCUCAUAAUCAAAUCUAUUUAUGAGCCAAACCAGCCAACCCCUUCUCCAUCAUGAGCAACUCUCGACUGGGGAAGUUCAUUCUACCGAACUCUAGGUAGACUUUUCAUCAUGGCCGAGAUCAUCUCACUCAUCGUUGCGACCGUGGAGCUGUCCCACGGCAUCCUUGAAGUUAUACAGUCUAUUUCCUCCAUCCGACAGGAGAUCCAAAGGAGCAUUCAGGAGGCGGAGUUGGUGGGCAUGUUUUUGAACCAGUUGGUUGACAUCCUGAAGGACUCCCAUCCCUCUUACGUCCCACAGAUGCUGCCGUGCGCGCUCUGGAUCGCCACGGACUGCUCCCAGACGUGCACCAAACUGAGGGACGUCGCCAACGCUAUGGAAGCCAGGCGGCUAAUGCGCAUAAUAAAGCAUAGGAGGCUGCAUCGAAUCCAGGCCGAACUGGAACACCAGAGGUCCAUGUUGCAUUUCACCGUCACCAUGCUACCUCUCAUGAAAGGUUCACCGGGAGGCUAUUCAAAUACUCGUCGCGAUAGCAUUGCAGAGCUAGACUCGGCCAAUGUCGCCAUCCUCAUCCACCAGGCCGAGAAUAUGGGAUCUCGUCGGCUAGAAGCAGAAGCAGAAGCGGAUGAUGAUGAGCCAGUGGAAGAUUCCAGCUCCAGCUCCAGCUCACCCUCUGGAUCAAUCUUAGGAACUACGACCGAAGUCUCAGACUCAGAGGAUGGCACCGGGCUUAUCCCAUUUCCUACGGACCCCUCCCGCAGUGGCGCACUUUUGCGCAUUCAGGGCCAACAACCGAUGGCUGGACCAUCGUCAGCCCCAACUCGCUCUCAGUGGAUGCACGCGCUCGUAGCAUUCUUGGCCGCUAUCUGGAGAGAAACCUCCGCUGGAAACCUGCUUUACGGCCCCUCCUUUCCCAUGGACAGCCGCCUGCGGCUUCGGAACCAGACCCAACCCCAGCCCCAGCCUCAGCCCCCAAGUGCCGGAGUGAAUCCUUUCCCUGAGCAUCCUAGCGACAGCCACACUACGGACCUACUGACCUCAGUACGCCACAGUGUUAUGUCCUUUCAUGGUGCCCAGCCGGGCAAUGGAGCCUACGGUUCUGCUACCCGGCGGGAUCCUGCGGAUCCUGCAUCAAGAUACAGGCCGCGGCAGCCGCCCAUCAUGCGCGUCCCCGCCCUUUGGCAAACCCACGCUUCCGCUUGGACACCAGACUAUUCCGACUCAUUCUCCGUUCCCAGACCCUCACAGCCGGAGUCACCACUGUCCAGUGGGAGCCUCGCCCAUGCCCACUCUCCGAUCCGCUGGGAGACACGACAGAAAACGCACAACCAAACGGUUUUUACAUCCUACGUGGACGACAGAAUGGUGUCACGAAUGCAAUAUCCCUGGGACGAUCUCGUGCUGGGCAAAGUGUGGACCACGCUUCGACGGCACUCGGUCAACCGAGAUGCCCUGCAGCGGUAUGGCUUUGAGUUUCAGGAGGCUGGAAGUUAUGUGCAUGUGUUUGCGAAGCUGGACUGGGUAAGGCCUCUAGCCGUCUCUGAACCGUCGCAAUGA